UUUUCACUAUUGUUUCUCAAUUUUUUUUGACAAAACCAAGAAAAUGGGAACAACCUUUUUUGCUGUUUAUGAAGAGAAAAAAGGUUGAAUUUUUAUAAUGCAGAAAGGAUAAAUAUGGUUAAGGGCUUUAUCUAUUAUUGGAUUUACCAGCUUUAGCAAAUUUUUUGUAUAUAUUAAUAGAUAUUUGAAUAUAAAUGUCUGAAUUGGUAGCUCGAACGGGUCGGCAUCAACAGCGAUAUGAAGAAGGUUAUCGACUCAUUGCUGGUUGCCGCAGGUGUAUUCCGUUUAAGUUCAGGGAUAUGGAACAAAAUGGUGGUGACGCAUCCAAAAAGAUAGUUGAAGUACUGAUGAUAAACUCAACAAGUGGGCCCGGUCUUCUGUUUCCGAAGGGAGGGUGGGAAAAUGAUGAAACAGUUAAAGAGGCAGCUGUUCGUGAAGCCAUAGAGGAGGCUGGAGUUCGUGGGGAUUUAGUGCAUUUUUUGGGAUACUACCUCUUUAAAAGCAAAACACUUCAAGACGAGUACAGUCCAGAAGGUUUGUGUAGAGCUGCCAUGUUUGCUUUGUUUGUGAAGGAAGAGCUUGACUGUUGGCCAGAACAGAACCGCCGGAAAAGAAGUUGGCUGACAAUUCCUGAGGCAGUUGAAUGUUGCCGGCACCAAUGGAUGAGAGAGGCCCUUGAGGAAGGAUUUCUGAAGUGGCAUGAGGGUGGUAUGAAAACUGAUGGAGAACCAGAAAGAAAAGAAACAAGAAAAUUAUUCCCAUCUUCAUCAUUUUCUUGCUAACUACAUCUGGUAGUGGACUAACCAAAUUAGUCAGAAUAGCAGAUGAUGCUUUUCUGUGUAACUACAAUUUCAUUAUCUAUUCUUCAUUUCUUGGGACAUAAUAAUGACAUGCAUAUUAUGAACA